GAUAGCCCUGAUGGGAAGAGAAAAGGGCCAGAAAGGAAAGAAGAACCUGCAGAAACAUUUGGCUUUGCUGCUGUUUGAAACGGGAAUAUUUCUUACAAUGGCGAGCGCGUUAAAGGCAUCGCGUUGUUCUAGGCCAUAAAUCUUCACACAGACGUGAACUGUGCCCCACUUUAACCCCUGAGAAAGUCAACGUGGAGCAGACGACCUCUGACUCAACUGUGCUGUUUGUCUCAGCUUUAGAAAGCAGGUGUUAUGGAUCUACAGUAUUUCCUGUGCUGGAGAGUUGCCCCACUGUUUCUCUUGAUGCCACGUGAGCUCCACUGUAUGUCAGUGCACAUCAUCAAUGAAGAGCCAGUAUAUGUAAUCCCUGGAUCCAGCCUGGUUCUGAAAGCCCACAUCAAAUAUGGACCCCUGGAAGAGGUCUCUGCGAUAACCUGGGAAUACGAGCCUGAAACGGGGUUUAAUUCGGAGAGAGUGAUACUGGCCGCAUGCCCUGGCAGAAGUCUCAAGUGUGCUGGUACGAGGCCAAAUGUCCAUGUGAACACUGAGCAGCAGGGGACGACACUCCAGAUUAAUGGGUACAGCACAGCGGACAGCGGCGUGUACACUGUGACUGUGACAGAUCACCAAGGAGCCAACACCUCUAGACAAUGCAUCGUCAGGGAGUAUGAGGCGGUUCACCACGUCACCGUCAGCAUCAAUGUGUCUCACUCCUUGCUUGUUUGUACCGAGGCCUGGGGGACUGACCCCAGCUUCAGCUGGCUCUACGAGAAAGCCGCCAUCACCCAGGCUGUGGGAAAAGUCUCCAACAAUGGAGCAACAUUGAUCAUAACCAUUUCCCCCAUCUGUGGCCACUUCACCUGCGUGGUUAGCAACAAGCUGGGAUACAGUUCUGACACCUACGCUGCAGCACCUUGUGAGACUGAGAGCAGAAGGACGACGGCAGCUGUAGUCUGUCUUAUGCUCCUGCUGAGUUUGGGAGGAGUGCUAGCAUUUCUGCUGUGGAGGAGGUACAGGCACAAUAACAGAGGAGAAAGGCUGUACGAGCACACAGAUGACACCAUCUGAAAAAUGCCUGAGCCACACUUAUGCUGCUCAGAAAGGAGAACGGGGAAAGGGCUGGACUGUGGGGGAGGACCUUCCUGUUCUGUGAGCAGUAUGACCUUUCACUGCACUGAAACAAUGUGGAGAGUGAACUGCUUGUGGACAGAUAUAAAAAAAUAUAUUAAAAAGUGGAUGUGUGGAUUGAAGGGCGAGCCUUAUACUGCCUCCCACUGGGCUUUACCUGGAACUGUUUUAUAAGAAUUCAUAUUUUUUUUAAGCCUGCAUUAACUAUGCAUUGCAUCCAAAUGUACAGUGUUGCCUUCAUUCUGAAAUCCCACUACCUAAUGUGACAGAAAAAAAUUAAUUCAACAAUUCACAAAAAGAUUUUGAAAGACAUUAUGAAAGAGUGCUUCCAUUUCUUUAAUGAAUGGUCCUUUUUUUUUAAAUUUCCCUCAUGCAUGUAUUUUCAA